AUGCUUAGUUCUGAGCAGCGUUCACAGCUCAUUAGCGCCGCUUUUGAAGCCCGUGAAAAGUCCUACAGUCCUUACUCCAAAUUCCGCGUUGGUGCUUCCCUUCUAGCUGCAACAGGACAGAUUAUCAAGGGACAAAUGUUGAGAAUGCUAGCUAUGGUAGGAGGUGGUACUAUAUGCGCUGAGAGAACUGCACUGGUGAAAGCUGUUAGCGACGGUAUCAAGGAUUUUGUCGCUCUUGCCGUAAUCACCGAUGUCAAUUCUGCUGUCUCGCCCUGUGGAAUAUGUCGACAAUUUAUCCGGGAGUUUUGCUCUUUAAAGAUGCCGGUCCUUCUUGUACCUGGCGACUAUAAAGAGAAGAGUCCAAACGGUCCGGAGGACGGAAGCGGGAAAGUUGUUGAGAUUGAGUUCGAGAAAUUAUUGCCCUUGAGCUUUGGGCCAGGGGAUUUGGAGCUCCCACGUGGUCCCCCAGAGUAGGAUAUUGUGUAUGGGGCAUGUAUCACUUUGCAAUGUUGUUUAUGUAAACCUUAGUAACUUCCUCAACCCAAUAUCUAUGGUAUUUGAAACCGCGCC